AUGCUCCAAUGGCGAAGCGCAAGACCGCCUCAGAUGCAGGAUGCGAUUGAUUACUUCCUAAGAAACUUUGUUUUUGAUGCCAGAAAUCUUUCUGGUCUUGUUGGCGGAAAAAGUAUAGAGAUGUUCGAUAUCGUGCCUGCUGAAAGAGGGCCUGGUCGAACCGUUGUCGAAGUACUCGAUGCUUUGACAGAUGGAUUACUCGUGAUUCGUGCUGCAUCGUUGCAGACUAUCGAAGGGCGACGAAAACUCCAUGUCAAAUAUCGCAAGGCUAUGGGCGAGGUGAGGGAAAGUAUUUCGUUGUAUCCCAACUCGAGAGCUUUGAUCGCCCCUAUAUAUCUGUUUGCGUUGUAUGAGAUGAUUGUGAACACUUCCCUGGCUGACAGGACCUGGCAAACUCAUUUGAAUGGAAUGCUUGCCAUGAUUCAACACAAUCAUAAUACGGGAGGCAAUCGAAUGCCCACAGAAGACAAUAUGUCAGCAGCACGACAAUUUGCCUUAUCAGAAGAGACUCCCGAUAUACAAGAGUUCUUCAGCUUACGACCUCAGAUGGACAGCAUAGAAAAAGCCUGGCUGCUACUAGAUGUCACCAAAGCGCGCCUGAGAAAACUCGUUACCUCCAUGGACCACUUCAGUGCUGUUGACAACCCUAACAGUGUUGUCACUAUCAAAAAAAUCGAUGUUGAAAAGCUUCGAGUAUCUGUCAAACGUAUCCAAAGAGAUCUCCGUCUAAUCACCAACUUGCUCCCGAAAAAGUACCACCCGGUCAUGAUACCUAAAACUACAGGCUGUGAUAUUGCCUCAGGUCUUCCGUCAACAUGUAAUGGCUACUACGGAGAAUCAUAUCCAGACAAUUUUUUGUGUACAAGAUGGAAUGAAUAUAGAACACUGAUACUAAUCACUGGCGAUUUCCUGCUGAAGACAGGGCGAUUUUUAUACGCAGGCACAAGUCGACCAAAUGGGAGAGAAACCACAACUCUGACUCGGAUGAUGAAAGAAGCUAUAGAUGGGAUUUAUGCGUCGGUGGCAUAUCUUUAUGAUGACUCAAAGAUGAGAAUCACGGGACAAAAAGAGGCAGAUGUUGAUAGUGCCUGGAUAAACACCAGCUCAAUGAAAACUUUGGACGCACUGAAUCUCAUGUGGCCACUGCACUGCGCCGUUGCGAUGGAGUUCGGCGCAACAAAAGCUCAACGAGACUGGAUGAAGAAGGUGCUCCAAUACAUGGGUUGCAAAAUGCGAAUACCCAAGGCUAUGUCUUUGGCAGACACUCCUAUACAGGCGUUCACCUAUUCCGAGGUUUUGGCUGGUCUGACAUUAUUGGGCGCUGGUGUCUUGAGAAGUGUGUGA